CUGUCAUUAGUGUCAUUCUAUCAAAGCUUGAGACUAUCGUUGUGUUUGUUGAUUAUAUUUCAAAUUCUUCAAAAUUUAUAAUUAUGACGGAAACUACAGAAAAAGUAGAGAAUUGUUCGGAAGCAAGAAGACGAAUACUCAACAUUGCUGUGUCCACAGUGCUACUAGAAACAGGAUUUGAUGCUGCUGACAAAAUGUCUUUAGAAACUCUCACAGAAAUCAUGCAAUGCUUUCUAUCAGAAGUUGGUAACUCUGCUAAAGGCUACUGUGAGUUAUCAGGAAGAGUUGAACCGGUUCUUGGAGAUGUGGUCAUGGCUCUCAUCAAUAUGGGUAUAGGUCUGCAAGGCUUGGAACAAUAUGCUGUCAGACCAAAUAGACAUGUGAUUCAACCACUGCAGCAGGCUCCAGCCCCUCGCACACCAGCUAUGCUUUCAGCAGGGUCUAAGGCUAAACCGGCCCCACAUAUACCAUUUCACCUGCCACCGCUACCUGAUCCACAUGCAUAUAUAAGAACACCUACCCACAAGCAGCCAGUAACUGAGUAUGAAGCUAUUAGAGAAAAGGCUGCUUCACAGAAGAGAGAUAUUGAAAGAGCCUUAACAAAAUUCUUGGCGAAAACUAGUGAAACACAUAAUCUCUUCAACACAGAUGAUAAUCAAGUGUUUCCAUUAAUAGCCUGCAAACCUACAUUCCCUGCAUAUCUGCCGUGCCUGCUACCGACUGACCAAGUAUUUGAUUUUGAUGAACUAGAAUAUCACUUUCAAGUUGCAAAUAGAACUGAAGAUAUGCCAGCAGACAAAAAAGAUCAAUCGGACAAUGAAGGCGAUAAUGGUGGCGACAAUGACAACCCAAAUAGUUCACAAAUGGAUAAUCAGGAUACGAGUAUGGCAUCUAGUCCCGACAGAAGUAAAUCUGGUGGAUAAAAUAAUAAUUUUGCAGAGAGUGAAUAUUAUAAGACUACUGAAAACAAUAAUAAUAUUUAAUUAUUUAAGUAA